AUGGGCCGACCUGGAUUCACUACAGCCCCUCAUCCUCGUGAUGUCAGGAUUGUGCUGCUGGGAAAAACUGGAGUGGGGAAGAGUGCAACAGGAAACACCAUUCUGGGUCAAGACUUGUUUCACUCAGCUUUGGGCUUUUCCUCAGUUACCAUGAAAUGUGAAAAGAGAACUGUUCUCAUUGGACAGAACAGAGUCAGUGUGGUUGACACUCCAGACUUCUUCUAUGCAACACACACACAGGAGGGUUUGAGUUCAGAGAUAGAGAGAUGUAUCCACCUGUCUGACCCUGGACCCCAUGCAUUUAUCUUUGUUCUAACUCUUGAUACUUACACUGAGCAGGAGACAGAUGUAGUCACUGUAUUUGAGAAAUGGUUUGGUGAAGUAGCUUCAAGAUACACCAUCAUUGUCUUUACUCAUGGAGACGAGAUGAACAACAGAACAAUAGAGGAACUAGUAGAGAACAAUGUUAAGUUGUCUGAGCUCAUUGAAGAGCGUGGUUGGAGAUAUCAUGUCCUUAACAACAAAGACAGAGCCAAUAGAAACCAGGUGACUGAGCUGCUGGAAAAGAUACUCAUCAUGAUGUAUGUGAAUGAAGGUGGCUUUUACACACAUUACAUGUUGCAGGAGGCACAAAGAAAGGCAAGAGGAGAGACUGAGUUGAUGAAAGAGGAGAGUCUCAGGGAGGAAGAGAGGAAAAGACAAGAACACCAGAGAUUGUUGGAGAAGGUAGGGAGAGAGACGGAGGGCAGAGUAGGGAGAGAGACGGAUGAGGAAGUUAAAAGACAGAGUGAAAGGGGAAACAUGGAGUAG